AUGACCCUGCGAUCUCUGGCUUGCCUCGGAUUCGCGUGUCUUUGCCUUUGCGCGUCUCUUGACUAUAAUCGUGCAGCAUGCCAGUACCCCACGAGCGAUCCUCUCGAGGGCUGUCCUGCCGGGACGAUCCUCGCAGGCCCUUCCUCCAACUAUACCACCAUCCAGGCGGCGGUUCGAAGUCUCCCGGACGAUACAACGCCACAGAUUAUCCUCGUCGCGUCCGGAAACUACACGGAACAGGUCAACGUUACGCGGCUCGGGCCCGUGACAAUACUCGGGCAGACCACCGCUCCCAACGAUCGCACGCAGAACACCGUCGGCGUUUACUGGGCAGAGGUCGCUGGCCCCAACGACAAUGCGCGCACGAGCACGUUGACCGCUGCGCCUGCCGGUGCGCCGUAUGGGAGCACGGACUUCCGCGUGUACAACAUGGACUUCAUAAAUGACUACGCGCCGUACUCGGACACCCCCAGCCUCGCUCUCGACGUGAGCUAUGCGAACGCGAGCUUCUACUACACUGGAUUCUACAGUUACCAGGAUACGAUCUACGUCGGCGAGCUAGGGAACGCGUACUUUUACGACAGCGAGAUCGCUGGACAGACCGACUUCUUCUAUGGCUACGGCACAGCGUGGAUCCAAUCGUCGCUCGUCACGAUGCGCUCGUGCGGCGGCGGGGUGACCGCCUGGAAGGGCACGAAUACGACCUUCGUCAACAAGUAUGGCGUCUACAUCCACGACUCCGCCGUCAUGAAGGAAAACAACACCCUUAGCAUCGCCGGCGAGUGCGCGCUCGGGCGGCCCUGGAACGCGCAGAUGCGCGCGAUCUUCGCGCACUGCUACCUCGACGACAGCAUCCGCCCCGCGGGCUACAUCCAGUGGCAGCCCACCGAUCCGCGCAUCGACUACAACACCACCAUGGCGGAGUACCAGAACUUCGGGCCGGGGUUCAACCUCACGGGGCGCAUCGAAGGCAAAGUGACGCUGCUCAUGACGGAGCUAGAAUACGAGCCGUAUUCGACCGUCGAGCAGGUCUUCCAGUAUCCGCCGGACGGGGAGUUUGGGAAUGUCGGUUGGAUCGAUGUCGAACCUUGGAGCUACCGCGAGUAG